AUGUCUAAGAAGUAUUCUACAGAGGUCCAUAAUUCAGUCAUAUUCCAUAGAUGUAUACUGCUAACGUAUAAGCAGCGUCACAUCAAAGACUCCUGCUGGAAAGUCUGCGACGAGUGCUGCGAAUCCAACAAUGCUACGUGCGACGCCUUCUACGUCAAAGGCGCAUGCAAACAUUGUGUGAAGCAGGGAUUGAAUUGCACCAAACAUACCGAACCAGUGUCAGAUUGUGUUCCUGAAUUGCUUACAGGUGUACAUCCGCAGCCAUACAAGUCAACUCCAAGGGCCACCCGUGCCGGUACAACUUCGAAGCAAGAUAGAGGCAAACGCAAAGCCACCCAGUCACCAAGCGCUAGCCCAAACUCCAAACCUGUCGUCAAACGCGCAGCUGCUGCUGCUGACAGGGAAGAGAGGCGAGCAAUCGUCGAUCCGGAUGAUAAAGCCCUACGUCCAGAUCCAUUGGACAAGUCGCAGUUCACUGCAGACGAGAAGCUCCAGGAACGGAAACGUGCUGAGGAGAACGUUUCGGUCACUGGCAACCAUGUUCAGAAUGAUCAAGAUUUACGAUAUUACGUUCCAACCGCACCGCCAUCUCGACAAACAAUCAUGCCCCAGCGCAGGCAACAAGGUCAAGGACUGUCACAGUCGUCGUUGCCUUCGGGCAUGCUACGCUUGACGCCCGGUCAGCAACACGAUGGUCGCGAUGUCGUGACUGUCGAUGAAGCUCUACGUCGUUGGCCGCAAACACACAAUAGUGCCGGUCGUAUGUUUUAUAUCGUGGAUGGGAAUGGAGAGGUCUUGAAUCAGUCCAUGAUCGAGGGUAACGAGCUCCUCCAGAACGUACACCGUCAACAAGCACGUAUUGAAGUAUGGGCAGCUCGGUAUGACGACGCAUUUCGUGUAAACCAGGUGCCUCCACCAGUUGAUCCAGUAUUCCCACAACAGAACGCUCGUCGCACUAGUUUCAACGAGGCACAUCCCCCAGUGUCUCGCCUGAACCGCUUCCGCCCU